UCUUGUACAGUUAGAGAGGAGGGCAUACAAGUAUUUUAUCACUGAACGGACAGGUAUAAAUGAACUUGUGUCAGGACUACCACAUGUCUGGACUGUUUUCGUGAAGCAGAUGCACAGGACAAAAAGGGUUCCUGUCAGUUUUCCUGUCUCUUAGGGAUGUACCUGAUAAGGAAGGUAAACCUUGUUUAAAACGGAGAGUGAAGCCACCCAGAGGGAUUUACAAUGUCUGUCAAGUUUCCUAAAUGGCAGAGCAGCAAAAGGAGACCUCUGAAGAACAAUGCCCAAACAGAGAUUCUAUAUAAGCUUGGCCUGGAGGCCUACAGCACUCGGAAACUUGAUUUAGCAUCGGUGUUAAAUAUCAGCACAUGGAUUCUGGAGAACAAACAACCUCAAGAGCUCAAAGAUCUACCAAAUGCUUUUCUCAGCCGCCUUUGGCUGCUUAGUGAAGAUGCUCGGAGCACAUGUUGCCAGCCUCAACUUGACACUUUAAAUGGUGAAGGCAAACCACCCGAGGAGAUACUCAGCAGUUCCGAAGACAAUACCCAAAAUGCAAUAAACCCCCUAGAUUUGGUCACAUCAGUCUUUAUAUCUGCCGACACAUUUCUGCAGCAGGAGAUAACUGUGCGCAUGAUGCAAUCCAAGUUUGCUGUGCCUUUAGUCCUACCAAACGUUGAUCCAGACAAGCCCAGUCAGUUCCUUCUUUGGCCUUCAAGAGGUGUUGUGGGUCAAUGGAGAGCUCACUUUCUGGAUACCAUCGGCAGAGUACAAGAUGGCAAUUUGGCAACCACACCCAUGCCAAUUAUCUCUUGUAUAAAACUUGGCCAUUGCAGUCUCUCUAAGUCACAGGUGCUUAACUAUGUUCUGAAUGGACCUGAAUCAAGUAAUAACACAUUCAUACAUAAGGGCAUGGAUGGAGGGCAAGUUCCUCGAAGACUCUCUAACGGCUUGGUAGAGAUUGGAUGGUAUCUACCCACUGGAGAUACCGACAGAGAUAUUUUUCCCACUCCGUUUGUCAUCUCUAAUUUACGCGGUGAUGCCAGCAAUCACGAGAGAUGCCUCGAACUUCUGUGUCAUGUAUCAUCAGCCGUCAUGAUUUUCUGCGGAGAUUUUAAGGAAAAAGAAAAGCAUCUCCUUUUAUCUUGCAAAGACAUGGCAAGUAAGCUCAUCCUGAUCGACGUCUCUGGCACAGAAGGAGAAGAGAACACUAAUAUGGGAUGUGAUGGACAGACCCUUAAAGAUUGUCUCGGGCUUUCCGAAGGGUCUGUGCUUCCAGGAAGUACUUUGAGUGAGCAGGAACUGGCGAAAAACCUGUGUGAAAUUCUGAAAAGUUGGCUAACAGAUUAUCUAACACCUGUUACACUUGAGGCAGCAGCAAAAUUAGCACUGGAUAUGAGCUUAAAUAUGGACGAAGGCCCAGUCUGCCAAAAAGCAAUGGCCACAGCGGAGGAAGUGUUGAAGGGUUUAGAUGAGGGAUCGGUUGAAUUUCAGCAGAAACAGCUCCCUUUGCAGGGGCAUUUGUGUAGCAAAUUGGCAGAGCUAGAAAAGGAGGAAAGUAAACAUAGAAUAUCAGGAAAAGAAAUUGAACCCCAGCUUCUCAAAGAAAAGAAAGACCUCUUGGCAGAGUUAACCAAGUACAAAAUGACCCCAGCAAUGAAGAGUUUCACCAACGCUCUUUUCACAAAGGAUAAAAUGGAGAUGACAUAUUUCCUUGCUUGGCUGAAACUGAAACUCUAUCUAAUACAAUCUGAAAAACUAAACAUUUUACAGGAGUCGCAGCCUGAAAAAACAGAACAUCUCAGAACACUGAAAAGUGAAGCUGAUAACAACAAACAGAGUGCCUGUACAGAUUCAACACCUGAAGAGGAAACUGAAGUAAAGCCAGAAACCAAUGGAAAAAACACCACAGAAUGUAUCGAGUCCACACCAGAUUUAUCAUGUUCUGUCAAACAACAAUUGCACCGCAAACAAUCAUUCGAACAUUUUCAGCCAAAAACACACACAUUAGGCACUGAGCACUUUUUCCGUGAGAUGGGCCUGAUUUUUGAGCACACACAUAUGAGUGAGGGUAAGAAUGUGUCGCUCUGGCCCAAACUAGCAGCAGAUCUUCUUCUCCAUGGGGUUCCGCUGGAAUUAAUGGACGGAGAUGCAUUAAACAUUCCAAUGAGCUGGCUCGGCGGGGUCUUUGCAGAGCUCAAGCGCUGCCUACGUCAAGAGCAGUUGAAGACCAGAGUGUUGACAGUUCUUGGCAGCCAUCAUGCCAGAAAUGCUGCAGUUCUAGCUGGAUUAUUUGGUGUUAAACUCCCAGAGAGAUGUAAAAGAGGAAACAGAGGGGUAUAUGUGGAGGUCCUACGGCUCCCUGAUUGUCUCAGAGAAGAAAUAGAAUGUGAUUCCCUUUUGUUAAUUCAUGUGGAAGGCCUUGGCUUAGUCUCAGGAGAAAUUAAAACAGAUAAAUUGGUUCACGACAACAUGGUGGCCACGGUUGCAUUAGGGUUAAGUGAUGUUUUACUCCUGAACAUCUCUCCUCAUGCUGGCGAUGAGUUUGAAAUGUCUUCUGUCAUGGUCAAUGCUCUCAUACGCUCCAAAGUAAGUGGUGCAUUCCCUAUUUGCCAAAUCCUGAUUCAAGAUGAGGGCAUGAACAGUGUAUUACAAGCCUCGCAGUUGAGGCAUGUUUGUAAGAUUCUACAGACUGAAGACAAAGGAAACACAAAUAAUGAUCAUGCAUUAAAUACAACCAGCACCAUAUAUGUGAAAGGACCUUGGCCAAAUCGUUGUGUUUCUGAAUCAGUUGAUAAACAACACAGUAACGAUGUGUUAAAACUUAAAGAAAGGCUAUUUGGAGCCCUAAAGAGGUCAACAAACAAGUCUGAAACUUCAGAUUUUAUUGGCCGCUUGUCUGAUGUGUGGGAAGCAGUAAAAAAUGAUUCAUUUUCCAUUAGUCUGCAGAACAAUGUAGCGUUAGUCUUUUCUCUGCUCUGCACAGAGUUUUCUCAAUGGGAAGAGUGUCUUCUCGAACACAUGGAGAUCUGGUUAAUAGAGGCAACAAAAAAAAUCAUUGCCGCAAAGGCUUUCGAUGCUGCUGCUCAAAAUGUCCUUCUGACUGACUUAAAGAAAGAAGUCCUGGAGGAGGUCAAGUCAGAAGUCAACAAACUGAAUUCAAAAACGGAGAGCUACCUGAUGACUGAAGAAACUCUCAAAAGUAACUCUGAAACAUUCUGGCCAAUCCUAAGGACCUACAUGGACAACCUCCAGGAGAGAGUAAUUGAAGAGAUUAAGAUUAAGUUAGAGACAAUCAUUGAGUCCUACUGUUCCUUCUCUCAGAUUAACAAAUUUGAAGCAUCACUGAAAGAAGAGCAAGAGUUCAAGUUACUUGCACUUGUGGAGACAAGCAAGUCGACCAAUAUGCUUCUUCAAGAUCAUGAACUGGAAGAGGAGUUUGAGAUUGUGUUUACGAAGCUGUUGUCCAGUUUUGACUUCAGGCCUUCAGAAAAAGAUGACAUUAGUUCAACUGUGACUAGUGUUCUGAGGCAGAAUCUGAUCAGCCGUGGCCUCCUGAAGCACUUGGAAAAACUUGAUGCCUUUGGCCAAAACCAGACCUCCAGCUUCCAAGUAGAUGACGAGUAUUUUGGAUAUCGCAGCCGCUUAAAACACAUGUUUGAAGACAACAACAAACAACAGAGACUGGAUGCGCAAAAGGUGGCAAACAAAAUCAUAGAGGAAUGCAACCAGUUUAGCGCAAACAAAUGUAGCUUAGCAGCAGAUUUCUCUGAGAGUUAUGUAAUUGAGCUUUUAGAAAUAGUUGAAAGAGGUUUAAAGGAAAAAUCACUGAACACCCGAUCAGCUUUUGAGGUGGAUUUGAAAAUAUAUCUGUGUAAUGCAGCAUGCCAAGACUUCCAAAAACUACAUGACCGCUUUGCCAAGGACAGAGAACUUCUGACAUAUAUAUCUGAAACCAAGAACAAAUAUGCAGCAGAUUUCAUAUAUCAGUUUAGGAAACGAGAUCAGUGCCAGAGGAUGGCCCAAGCAUUCAUAUCCAUGGUCAUCAAACCAGCAGUGUUAGAGCAUAUCAAUCAACCACUGGGGACGCAGAUAGCAAAGGAGAUUCAAUAUAAAGCUCAGCAGUAUCAGUCUCCACAUGCCUUCCACCAAUGGAUACUGGAGGAUCUGAUAAAAGAGGACUGCUUUGAAAGCUUUGUAGAGUAUUUGUUGUCCUACGAAGACUUCAGACUGAAGAAGAUUCAGGAGACAGUGGUUGCUCACCUAUCUGAUACAACCAGUCUUGGUAAACUAAAGCAACCGAAACUUGGAGAAAUUAUAGGGAAGAUAGCAGCAGCUGUGAGUCAAACAACAGCAGCAACCAGCGAAGGGCUCAGUGAUACAAAGCCACUGCUGGAUAUGAUCUGCCUCAUUUUAGAGAGAGAUGCAAACAUUGAGGUCAAGAAGGAGUCUUUAAAUGGUCCCCUCUUUAGCAUCACAACAGAAUGGGAUCUCUUUGCUAAGUGCUUAAUGGACUCACUGGCCACAUUGCGCUUAGAACUAAGCCAGGAGUUCAACCAGAAUGUGGAUGUACUUGAAGUUCUCGUUGAUCUUCCUGUUCAGCCCAAGGACCCCCUCCUUCAAGUAGUGAGAGGCUGUGACAAAAGAUGUCCUCUUUGCAAAGCCCCUUGUGAAGAAGAAAAGCUUGACCAUGAGGUUCACCGCUCUCUGCUCCAUCGACCCAAAGGCAUGCUGCCUUAUGAAUUCUGUUCUCCAUCUCAUCUCAGUUGCUCAGAAAUCAAAGAGGAUGCAUAUGGCGAAUCCAUGCCAUGCAAGAAUCUCCAUUUGGAAGAUCCAAACUGGAGCAAUGUCUCUGAUGACCUAAACAGCCAAAAGGCCAAUAAUUAUUGGAGGUACGUGUUGGUGAGGUUCAAUGAGAAGUUUGCUGCAGCAUUCAAGCAAGAACUUGCAACGAUUCCAGAGGACUGGAGGAAGAUCACAAAAGAGGAGGCCUUAGACAGUUUGAACAAGGUCUUUGGUGGAAAAGAGUGCAACUAAAAUGUGACAUUGGUUAACUCAGUCUUUGUUUCAGUAUUCAUGUUGGUAUUAUUUCAGUAGUUCAGUGAGUCAUGUAAUCCUGAAUGCUUUUCAUUUGGUUUUAAUUUUAAGUUUAUAGUUUUAAAUAAUGAGAAUUUGAUAUAAUAUCAACAAUAGUCUGAAUUUUUAUUCAAUCAAUAUUAUUUUCAUGUUAAACAUAUAUAAAUUCUUAUUUUGUGCUUUCUCCCUUUUUAUCAUUAUGAUACAAAUGGCAAAAUAUGCUACCAAGCAGAGAAAAACAGCCUGCUUUAAUGAAUAUUAUGGUAUUAAGAAAUUUUACAUAGUCUUAACAAUCUUAAAGAUCUAGUGAGAUUAUUUAAAUGUAUACAGUAUAUUUAUUGUUUUGCUGCAUUUUUAUUUUGUUUCUUUAGUGCAUUAUACAUAUUAUGUAAAACAAAUAUACAAAAAAGAAACCCAACAUUACUAAUAUCACAA